AUGGCCGCCGAAUUCGAUGCCUCGACGCUGACGGCCGAACAACUGCCCGAGCUGCUUAAAAAUGACAUCGCGGUCAAAGUCGCGGGUAUCGAUGUCGACGGCGUGUUGCGUGGAAAGCUCAUGGCCAAGAAGAAGUUCCUCAGCAUAGCCAACGACGGCUUCGGCUUCUGCAGUGUCAUCUUCGGAUGGGACAUGCAUGACCAGACCUACUUCAAGGAACUGGCCAUCUCGAACAAGGAGAACGGGUACCGCGACUUGCUCGCUAUACCAGACCUGACCUCGUUCCGGAGGAUACCUUGGGAGGACAACAUACCCUUCUUCCUCAUCAGUUUCCACGACCCAGACACCAAAGGGACCCUUAGCGCAUGCCCAAGAAGCCUGUUGAAACGCGCUGUUGAUAAGCUGAAGGAGAAUGGAUACGGUGCCAUGGCUGGAGCUGAGUACGAGUUCUACCAAUUCCGCGCACCUCAGAGCCACGAUGGCUCAGAGAAAAACACGUCGAGCACCGCCGUCUUCCUGCGCGAGAACCCUGUAAACUCGCUUCCAAGUCUUACUGAAGGCAUGUUUGGAUAUAGCAUCACGCGACCCGUCCACAACCAAGAAUACUACUACGGCAUCUUCAACACAUGCGCCCAGUUCGGCUGUGGAAUUGAAGGGUGGCAUACAGAGUCCGGGCCAGGCGUCUUCGAAGCGGCUCUCGAAUUUGGCGAAAUUCAAGCAAUGGCAGACAAAGCCUCGCUGUUCAAGCUUGUCGUCAAGUCUCUCGGAUCCAAAUUCGGCAUAACACCAUGCUUCAUGGCUAAACCGCGCGAGGGUCUCCCUGGAAACAGUGGACAUAUGCAUGUCUCCAUCGUAGAUAAAGAGGGCAAGAAUCUGUUCUACCGAGGCGAAGAGGACAAGAACGCGCCAUACUCAGACAUCCGGUAUCUUUCAGACCUUGGCCGACAUUUCCUAGCAGGAUUGAUCGACGGUCUUCCUGAUAUCAUGCCUAUCCUAGCACCGAAUGUCAACAGCUACAAACGGUUGGUAGAAAACUUCUGGGCACCCGUCACUGUAUCCUGGGGUCUCGAGCACCGCGCUGCUUCCAUCCGCCUCAUCUCUCCCCCUACCUCAUCCGGUAAGGCCACGCGCUUCGAAGUCCGUGUACCAGGCGCAGACACAAACCCGCACUUCGUUCUUGCUGCAAUUCUAGCCCUCGGCUGGCGGGGUAUUGAGAAGAAGAUGGAGAUUAGCAUACCGCCUCUGGGCAAGGGCGAAGACGUUGGUGGAGAAGCGGACAAGGGUGAACGACUGGCGAAGAGCUUGAAAGAAGCGACUGAACGAUUUAUGAGAAAAGAGAGCGUUGCAAGAGAGGUUUUCGGCGACCAAUUCGUGGACCACUUUGGUGGAACUAGGCAACAUGAGAUUAGGCUCUGGGAUGAGGCUGUGACAGACUGGGAAGUCAGAAGAUAUAUCGAGACGAUGAAGGUAGUCAGCUUCAUAGCGGCAUGUUUCGCCGCGCAGGCAAGUGCUGCAGCAACAAAGCACGUCAAUACUGCACUAUCUUCAAAUGCUCAAGAUCUCUUCGACUGGUCCAUGCAUAUUCAAGACAAUCGUUACGACGCAUCCUACAACUUCAUCCAAUACUCCGAUAAAGGACCAUGGUCUGUUCGCUUCACAGCUUGGUAUGUAGCUGGACUGCUUCACAGAAACCAAGGAGACGACGUAAAGCAUGCAGAAGCCUCCAUCAGGAACAUACUGGCUUGUCAAAUGAUAGACGACUUCGAUGCUCCAUGGUACGGAACAUACAAACUAUCUCCUGACCAACCCGAUCCAACACCCAAUUCUGGUUUAUAUCCGCCAAAGAUAUACACGACCUACGAUCCUAACUGGCGCGACUUCAUCGGCACCCAGCUCGUCCAAAUCCUCUCUGAAUUCCCACACUUGCUAUCCGCUCCACUGGUGACUUCGAUCGAGGAUAGCCUCGAAAUCGCGGCUGUGGGUAGCAUGCGGAGAAACGGGUCUUAUCCCACUGAAGACGAUAACCUGACGAUUGGGUAUACGAAUCCGGCUAUGAUGCGCGCUCUACUAUGCGAGUACAUUGGUAUGAGGAGGCAGAAUAGCACAUUUACUUCCUUCGCCGAAGACCAGGGAAGGCAGAUAUUAGAGUUGUUUCAGAGAGAAGGAGCAGAAACGUUGAGCGAAUACAAUGCGCCAACGUAUUAUGGUAUCGAUGUAUGGGCUUUGGGAGCGCAAAUAAAAUACGGGGGUAGCAACUCUAGUAUGACGACGGCUGCUCACUACAUUCUGCCUAGGAUGAUGGGUGAUUUGGCGGAGCAUUACAAUGGAUAUUUGGGCAAUGUCGUAGGGCCGUACGAUAGGGCUUAUACGAGGGAUAUCACGCAACAUUCUGCGGUCUUGUCGUUGGUUCUGUGGGGACUUUGGGGGAGGGAGAAGACUACGCAACCGAAGAAGAUGGAGAGUGAUUUGUUAUUCGAUGUUGCGCAGGGGGCGGCUAUUGCCCUUGUUCUCGACGGUGUUAAGCCGCUACUGCCUGCGGGUGUGGAAGAGGCAUUUACGGCAAGGGACCUCGUGGGGGAAGCAAGAUGGCUGAAUCGAACGGUUUAUGACGACCUUGACGGAGGAGAAGCGAGGGUUGUGACGAGUUGGAUUAGCAAAGAGCUCAUGAUUGGUGGACAGCAGCUUGAUGAGGAGGAAAACAGAGGGGAUCAAUUCGUUCCUGCUAUCGUUCACUGGGCGGGAGAUAAGGAGCAUAAGCCUUAUCCGCUCAACACCUUCUUCUCCCUCUAUCCAUCCGCAUCGUCGAUCCAUGCCGUCGCCUCACCGAACCACCUUUCCGUCAGCUACCCCAAUCGCACGCAAGAGGGAAGCGAUAUCUUCACGUUUGCACUGUCAAACGUGCCGCCCAGUUGGACGCUGGGUACUGGAAGACAGGUAAUGGGCUUCGAGAAUUUGCCGUGUGUAGAGAUUGAGGUUGAGGCUGAGGGAUUGGUGAAGCAAAACGUGACGUAUGGUACUGCACUGAGAAACCACUUGUUUUACAACAUUUCGUAUGUGGUUCCUGAGGAGUUCCAGGGUGUGCCGAAGGUGGAAUUAGAUAUCAAGUAUACCUGCUAG